UUUUCCUUGCUGCAGGUUCAUGUCAGUUGAGGCAUAGAAAUAAGCUGAAGUUUUGACAUAAUAGAACACUUGCAUGCCCCAAUCAUGUCACAUGAUGGUGAGAGUGCGAACUUCACAGAUGCACAGCAGGAGCUGAAUUCUUUUUGGGGGAAAGCUGCCGAUGAGAUCCGUAGUUUGGGAACUGAGGACUUCAAGACCUCAGUUCUCCCCCUAGCUCGAAUAAAGAAGAUCAUGAAACUUGAUGAGGAUGUGAAAAUGAUCAGUGCUGAAGCACCAGUGCUGUUUGCCAAGGCUGCAGAAAUCUUCAUCCAUGAACUGACCUUGAGAGCCUGGGUCCACACAGAAGACAACAAGAGACGUACCCUGCAGCGGAAUGACAUUGCCAUGGCUAUCACAAAAUUUGAUCAAUUUGACUUCCUUAUAGACAUUGUUCCACGUGAUGAACUGAAGCAGCCUAAGAGGGAGGACCAAAGGAACACUGGCCUUACUACUGACACUGUUCAGUAUUAUCUCCAGCUGGCACAGCAGCAAACGAAUCCAACAGGAGCCCAGGCAGCAGUUACCAAUCAACUACAGACAUUGCAAAUAGUCCAGCCAAAUGGGCAGGUGCAGACCAUUGCUGUCAUCCCUUCUGGAGUUGGUUUACCCAUUGGAGAACAAUUGUCCCUGAGCCCUACUUCUGGAACACUAAGGCCUGCAGGUAAUCAAGCUCAGACCAGUCAGCAACCAGUGACAAUACUGUCAGCAAGUGGAGCUGGAACUGCAUCUCAGCCCCAGAUCUUGCAUGUCCAGCAAGUUGGAAAUUAAAGCUAUUGACAAAAUCCACUUGUGCGAGUGUGAGGUGUGUUUUUAACAUCAUCCCAGUGAUGAUGUCAUGAUCUCAGUCAGGGCUGGAUUACAAGAGUAAUCUGGAGUGUCUGGUCUUCUCUGAAACUUCUUGUCUUCAUAGAAAGACACCUGAAGCAUGUGAAUUGAAUGCAUGGGUUUCUCUGUUGUGAGGACCUAGUGAACGAAGAACCAGUUGACUUAAAUCUUGGUGAAAUAAAUUAAAAGAAGGCAUUCACUUACAG